AAGGAACUUUAUCGUUUAAAGUUUAAAUAUUUUCAAAAUCUUCACAAUAUAACAUCUCGUUCUCUCCUAUUCUUCGUCACUCGGUCAUUCGCAGUCCUCAGAAAUAUCACGCGGCCCCAAGAUUCACUCCAAGAGAAGAAAAUGCAUAGAAGCACGCCGGUGAGGAAGCCUAACACUUCCACCUCAGAUCUUCUUACAUGGUCGGAAACUCCUCCCACCGGUUCCUCCACUACCGUCACCGGCUCCGGCAGCCGAUCUCAUCAGCCGGCCGAUAAAAUCAGCAAGGUGCUUCAUGGAGGCCAGGUCACUGAGGAAGAAGCACGGAGUCUCGAGAAGAUAAAACCAUGCUCAGGGUAUAAAAUGAAAGAGAUGACUGGAAGUGGCAUAUUUUCAGCUAAAGCUGAAGACAAUGCAUCAGAAGCCAAAUCUGCUUCAAAUAACAAGACCGGCCUGCGAAUGUAUCAGCAAGUAAUGAAUGGAGUUAGUCAGAUAUCCUUCAGUACUGAAGAAAGUAUUUCACCUAAGAAGCCUACCUCGUUACCUGAGGUAGCUAAGCAGCGUGAACUGAGUGGGACAUUGAAAAGUGAAUCAGACGCAAAGGCUAAGAAAAUAUCCAAUGCCAAGUCCAAGGAACUCAGUGGGCAUGACAUAUUUGGCCCUCCUCCUGAAAUUACACCUCGUUCAUUGGCUGCCGCACGCACUCUCGAAUCAAAGGAAAGUAAAGAUAUGGGAGAACCAGCUCCACGCAAUGUGCGCACAUCAGUUAAAGUUUCCAAUCCUGCGGGUGGCCAAAGCAAGAUCUUAAUUGGAGAAGAACCGCCCAAGGCAUCAAAGAAAAUACAUGACCAGAAGUUCGCGGAGUUAACAGGCAACAACAUUUUCAAUGUUGAAGCUUCAACGGGAUCGGCGGACAAGCCUCUGAGUAGGGCUAAACUGAGAGAAAUGACAGGCAGCAAUAUAUUUGCUGAUGGAAAGGCCGAAAACAGAGACCCGUUACGCGGUGCUCGCAGACCUCCCGGCGGGGAAAGCAGCAUCACCUUGGUCUAAGUUAUAACGAUAACAACAUCAAUAAUAAUGUUUUAGUCACAUUUAGAGAUACGUAGGCAUGUUAGUAAUUCGUAAGGACUUCAUGUUUUGACUGGAAGGGACUUGUGACCAUCUUAACUUAUCAUAACUUUUUCAGAAUUCGAAGACAAAGCGUGAUGCAGUUGUUACUUGGUAGAUGGUACUAGGUGGCUCUUUGAUCUGUUUAAAUGUUUCUGAUCCUCACCUGGCAAUAGAGUUUCAGGGAAAGAUUCCUUUGCAUCAAA